GUCGUAAAUCUACCUUAUUGAUCAUCACAUUUGAAGCAUUUCCGUCAAUUUGCACAAGGUGGAGCUUUCCAACGCGCACGCGUGAUGUACAGUUUGAUGGAUUUGCAUUGGCAGGACUGCUACAGUGCUACAAUUCUUUUCCUUCGUUAUUCCGUUGCAAUGUCUACACACAAGAAGAAGACCAGGAAGUUACGUGGACACGUGAGCCAUGGUCACGGCCGCGUUGGCAAACAUAGAAAGCACCCAGGUGGUCGUGGUAAUGCCGGUGGUAUGCACCAUCACCGAAUCAACUUCGACAAAUACCAUCCUGGUUAUUUUGGAAAGCUUGGUAUGAGGAAUUAUCAUUUACGACGCAACACUAAAUGGUGUCCCACUAUAAAUCUAGACAAAUUGUGGACUCUGGUCUCUGAACAGACGAGAUUGAAGUACAAAAAUGUUGAAGGCAAAGCACCUGUAAUCGAUCUUGUAAAAGCGGGAUAUUACAAACUCUUAGGAAAAGGACGUCUGCCGAAGCAACCUGUUAUCGUAAAGGCUAAAUUCUUCAGUAAACAGGCAGAAGACAAGAUCAAGGCAGUUGGUGGGGCAUGUGUUUUGUGUGCAUAAUCAUCGAAAUAUCAAUCUCUUGAUAAACGUGUAUCUUGUGAGUACUCAAACUUUGGAAUCUGAGAUAGAAGAUCAGCAUUAAUUUACAGAGAAUGUAUUUCCAUGAAAUGAUAAAUAAACAUUUUUUUAAUCUUAAAAUUAAA